AGCAGAACUGUUCAUAGUUUCUUACGAUUUCGUAGCGUGUGCUUCUUCCCAAGUGCUCUCUUUAACAAAGAUGCUGAAAUUUGUUGUUUUGUUGGCCGUUUUGGCUUGCGUGAGUGCUGCUCCAGCUCUUGUUGCGGGUCCAGCUGCUGUGGCCAGGCUUGCUCCAGCUCCUGAAGCUCCUGCCAGCACUGCUCAUGCCGCUCACGUCGCCGCCGUAGCUCCAGUUGUGCCCCUAACUUAUGCAGCUGCCCCCGUCGCCUACAGCGUGGGGUACCCGUACUAUCCGUUCGCGUCAACAUACUCGUAUGUCGCCUACUAAGCGGCAAAGCUCAGCUUUUGAAAUCAACCGAAAACUUUGGCCCAACAAAUUCUUAUCUUGCAAAGUGAUGAAAACUGCUGAAGAGUGACAAAAUUAUCGAAAAAUACAGAAAAAAUACUGCAGUUUGAUUUGCAACUUUUGUAAAGAGUUGCAAAAAUAAAAAGAAAGAUUUUAACAGCCCAUAUAAAAA